AUAAAUCUGACAGUGUGUUAUGGGAUUUCGCUGUGGAGCGACUGAAAGGUUCGGUUGGUGCCUAUGUUUUUCGCCACAGGAGUGAAAAGAGACAUUCGUGCCUUAUUUGAGAGCUACGCCUGUCCACAGUUUUACUUCGUCGCUUUGAGAUAACAUUCUGGUAAUUUGUCUAUUGACCAGAAGACAUGAACCAGCAAUUGCUGCAUCAGCAGCAGCAGCAGCUUCACCAACAGCAGCGGCGACGCCAAUCGCUACUCACCAAAAACGUUCAGGAGGAGUACCUGAUUAAACAGGUUGAGCUGCAUCCGGUCCUGUACGACAAAUCUUUGAAAGCCUAUCGCAAACCAGGAGCAACGGAUAAUGCAUGGGUAGUCAUUGCCGAUUCUCUUGGCGUGAGAGUGGAAGACUGUAAAAAACGAUGGAAAAGUUUGAGGGACACAUUUAUAAAGUACUUUCGACAGGAAAUACUGGCGUCGAGUAUGCCGGGUAUGAAACGGAAGAAAUGGGUUUACUUUGAGCAUAUGAGCUUUCUGCGUGGCCACGUUGAACUCUACGGAAUCUCGGAGACGGAUUCGAUUCCCAGCGAUAAGGAAACUGUUGUACCUGAACCUAGCAGUGCCAUUCAUAUACAGAACUAUGUUGGCACCGAUCAAUCGGAGUAUCUCACCAGCGACGAAGGAGUGGAAGAGCAGUACGAUGACAAUACUGAGUACAUUUAUGAAGAAGUUGAAGAAGCUUCUGCCUACGCGAUCGAAACGAAACCGAAUCGGGUGGAAAACAUCAGCGGUGAGCAGGAGACAAUGUCGACCACUAUGAUAGACGAUGGCCACGAACUGGUGGACCUUAGUCAGGAGGAGGUUCGGGAAACCAUCACUGUUCCCGUGGUAGCACCGGUGGAGAAAGUCACAGAAAUACCUGGCCAAGCGGCAUCCAUCACGGAUCCAGAUGAAAGAUUUCUGCUGAGCUGUGCUCCUGUGCUGAAGAGGCUGUCGACGCAAAAGAAUGCUCUUCUGAAGCUAAAGAUUCAGCAAUUACUGUAUGAGGUUGAAUUCGGUGACAGCGAUGUCGGGUAACGUUCAAAGGGUUCGAAUGCAAUGGAAUGUACUCUAGUCAAAUAAUUAGAUUUAAUUAAUUUAAGGCAUUUUUUAAAUAUGCGAAUAAACUGAUUAGUAACUAUUA